GUGGAAUUUUGCAUUUCACCUUUUCUGUCUCAUUAAAACGUUCCUUAUUUCCGUUCGUGUUGGCUUGUGUUGUCUUAAAAUUGAUUAUUUUAAUUGUCAUCAAAUAUGAGGCUUUAAGAGGAAUGUGCACACAAAAGGGAUUGUUCUUCGAUACAUUGUCGAAUUUGCUCAUUAUUCCAGACGCAUACAUUUCCACAAUUUUUAUGCAAACUAAUUGUCCAGAGAACCGCGAAAUCAAAGGCAAAAUUGAUGGUAAUGAGUAACUCAAUACUGACUACCAUAUAUUCUUAAAAUGAGAUGUAUAUUGAUUCGAAGUCAGUAGAAAUUUCUUCAAAAAACGUACAGCUCUUCUCUCUUUUAGAUCCAUUGCAAAUAGCUGAAGAUGCGCAUUUCUAAGGAAACAAAAGUCGUCCUAAAUCUUGACGUUCUGGCAUUAUCUGUAUACAUUUCUGUAUGUAUGUCAUUCUUCAUAAGUGACCAGUUUAUUUACUACAGUACGGAUGGACUGCAAGCUGCACAAAAGAAAGCUGCUUUUAUACAGUCUGUUAAAAAUUUCCUGGGUAUUGGGACUGGAAUUCUCUCAACACUAAUCACUGGUUACCUAUCAGAUAAUUAUGGUCGGCAAUUGACGCUGGGAAUUAUAAUAUUAGGAGAAGCUUUACGAAUUUCAGCUCUUUGUAUUGUCGUAUUUUUCAGUUUUUCUCCCUGGGGUUUGAUUGUAUCUGAAUUGUUAGGAGGAUCUAUUGGUGGUGGAUUGUUAUCAAUUUCAGCACAAUUAUUUGCUUGUAUAGCUGAUCUAACCCAAAAAUCAUAUGAUGAAAUAUUAGUAAUGUCCAAUGAAAAUAUGAAUUCAGUAACUCAGACAAAAAGAUUAGUAAAAAAACGUUGGCUUUUAUUUACUUUACUCGAUGGUGUAAUCACUUGUGGUAUGGCAUUUGCAAAUGCACUAACAGGUUUCAUGAUUCAACAUUAUCGUUUCUACAUAACAAUGCUAACUUGUAUAGCCUUUCUUACUCCUUCAGUGAUUACUUUAUUUCUCGUACCUGAAACAAGUGUAAAAACAAUACAAGUUGAACAGACAGAAGAUAUUGAAAAUUCAUCCAAUGAAUUAUGCAUUACAACUCCAAUAAUUCAUAAUGAAACUAGUAAUCAUCAAGAGUCCUCUAGUAAUUAUUCAGUUCACAUACAAUCUGAAAAUAGCUGUACGAAUAAGCUACAUAUUAUAUCAAAACUACCUCGUACUCAUAUAAUAAUAAUUAUCAUUAUUUUCAUGUUUUCCAUCUCUGGUAUGACGGAUACGCAAUAUUUAUUUCUUUACUUCAUGAGUAGUCCUUUUAUGUGGGAUGCACAAGCAGUUGGUUUAUUCACAGGUUUAAGAGAUGUAUGCUGCACAUUUGUAUCUGUGUUAUGUGUCAGUAUGAUGGUCAAGUUUCGUAAAGAUCAACCAACUAAUCAUGUUGAAGUAGUAUCAAUGUCAAAUAGAAUGAAUACAACAUUAUUUAGUCGUUUAAAAUCUGUAGAUCAAAUUCUUCUCAUUAUGUUGGUAUUUUUUGGGUUUUUAAUUUUCUCUAUUCAUCAAAUCAUUAUGGGCAUAGCUUCUACAUUCACAGUUCCAACAGCAAAUAUUCUGGUUUAUUUCGCUACAAUUCCAAGAUUUGUUAAAGGUUUUCAAAUAUCCAUACUUCGAACUAUUAUAUCAAAAUGGACAGAAGUCUCUAAACAAGGUAUGGUAAUGUCUGUUAUUGCUGUAAUGGAACGCCUUGGGAUAUUGAUCAGUGUUGUAGCUCUACCAGUUAUAUACGCUGCGACAGUUAGCACUUUCAAAGGAUCGGUAUUUUUUGUUUGCGCCUCUUUGACAAUUUUGGAAGCUUUAGUAGUCUUGUAAGUGUCGUACAAGAAAAAGGACAAUUUGUUUUAUGUUUUAAAAUUCUACAAUAUUAUAGAUUCUUGCAUUUCAUCAAUGUUUCAAAAUUCUCUUUUACACGUAAUGAUGUGGUCUAUUUGUCAAUUCACAGCCGUCUGGUAUAUCAAAUCGGAUGCCGAAAAAAAUGUCAAUUAGUUAGUGUAUUACAAGUGUUUCCCAAUUGUUGAAUGAAUUAUGCAGAUAAACGUUUAAAACGACAUAAAUUGGUAGACAAUCAACUUACAGUCGGUAAACGAUCACAUACUUUCAAUAUAAUUUACUUUCGCUAGUUAAUCUACCCUCUUAGUAAUUAAAUAACGUGCGACACAGUCACGAUUAAUUUGUUCUAUUUUGUAAAUAAUGGAUGGAGUACAAUGGUAAGUAAAAGUUAAGUUUGUUUGUUCAAUAUAUAGCAAGCUUUUAAAAUCUAUAUUAGACCUCAGAUUACAUUUAAGAAACAUGAAUACCGUAUUUGUUUUCGCUGCGGGGGUGUUGUUUACAAAGUGGAGAGGACGAAAAGCGAAUGUCUGGAGCCGUAACCAGGUUGGUGGAUAUGGAGGAUCCACCUAGGGGAGUUGGAAAACCCUGAUUCCAAAGCAAUGAUGCACAUGGGCUUCAGGAUCCUAAGGGAACAUGUGGAACUCAGAACAACUGUCUCCCAACCAACAAUAAAUUCGGAAUAUUCAGUACGAACGUGAAGACAGUUCUACUGUAUGGAGCUGAAACUUGGAGAACUACCACAACCAUCAUCAAAAAUGUACAAGUAUUUCUAAACAAUUGUUUACGCAAGAUACUCAAUGUCCUUGGUCGGAUAUCAUCAGCAAUAACAUAUUGUGGGGGAGAACAAACUAACUUCCAUCUAAAAAGGAAAUUAGAUAAAGACGUUGGAAGUGGAUAGGGCGCACAUUGAGUAAAUUACCAAAAUGCAUUACGAAGCAAGUUCCAACUUGUAAUGGUGAUGGAAAACAGAAAGAAGGAAGACUGAAUAACACACUGCGUCGAGAAUUGAAAGCGGAUACGAAAAGGAUGAAUAGCAACUGGAAACAAAUGGGAAGGAUUGUCUGUGACAAAGUUGGAUUAAGAAUGCUGACGAGCGGCCCAUGCUCCUCCAUGAGGAGUAACAGGCGUAAGAAAGUAGAGCUACGUUGAAAAACUAGUUAAAAUGAAAUAUAUCUUCUCUUUACAUAUCUUUUUACUGUGUCUUAAUGUGAGUUCUCAUUUGCCAAUGAAUAGACAAAUUACUUUCCGAAAUCUUACCAUUUUUUUAGAAAACUAUCAGUAUAUUUAUUGAUAAAUUUCUAUAUUGCACUUGUAAUUUUUUGUAAAUUUUCGUCUUUAAUAACUAAAUGUUUGUUGAGAAAUUGAAGAAAUAGAGUAAUAGUUUAAAUUAGUUGAUUAACUAAUCUCUGUUUAUACUGUUAACACCAAACGUGUACUCCGAAUGAUUAGGAUUUAUUCCUUCCUCAGACAGAGCGGGAGAGAGAGGAGUAGUGCUUAUUGAUCAGUACUGACUGGAAAAUGGUAUACAAAUAUACAUUUUAUUUGUUGAAAGCUAAGUGCAUGAACUACUGAACUAACUCUUCAUCACAAUUACAAAUACCUAUCUUUUUAUAUUCAAUAAAUAUACUGGAUCAUAGUUAUACUCGUAUCCUGAUUUGUUUUCCCUAUUUUUUAGAAUUUUACCAGUAUAUGCUCCAAACAAAUUGUCACUGGAAUCGUAAUCAGUUAAUUAUUGUUUAUAUCAUCUGUUAUGUAAUUGAACUUAAGGAAGAAAAAAAGAGACAGGAAUCCAGACUUUAUUAAAAAUAUAAUCAACUCAUUUAUUUAUUUAUUUUCUUACAAUAAAUCAUUUAUAUUUUCAGAA